AUGGUCGCCAAGAGCUCGCCGGACUGGCUCCCAGCCGGCUGGGCCGUCCAAUUUAGAGUGCAGAAGACUGGUCGCAAAAUUGAGUUUUAUACCAAUUUGGAAACUGGGAAAAACUUCUUUUCUAAGGAAGAUGUUAUGCGCCAUGUCAAAAUGGCAAGCACCAACGGUGGAAAUCCUCAGCCAACUACUCUGCACAACCAACACCACUCAGAAAAAAUUCCUUCUCAACUUGUAGUGAACACAACGGAAUAUCCUGAAUGGUUACCCAAGGGUUGGAAAGUGGAGGUGAGAACGCGAAAGACUGGUGUGCAUGUUGGAAAAGAAUACAAGUGUUACAUUGAUCCCUCAACAGAAAGUAGUUUCUAUUCCAAGCCAGAGGUGUUUCGGUAUCUCAAAACUGUAAAGCGCAAGAGCUGCAAGUCCAGAAAUCUCAAAACUGUAAACCACAAGAGAUGCAUGAUAAAAAAGAAGACUGUUGCGCCCUUGCAGAGUGCAAACAAAGUUGAUGUUGAGAAGCAUGAUGUGGAGGAUUUACCAUCAGGGUGGACAAAAGAGAUCAAAGUUAAAAGGGUUGCAAAUCGACUUAGAAGAGACCCGUAUUACACAGAUCCAGUCAGUGGAUAUGUAUUCCGCUCCAAAAAUGCUGUUAUGCAUUAUUUAGAGACUGGAGAGAUAAGCAGACAUGCUUUUAAACCCAAGAAUAAGUGCACCAAUGAGCUGACGUUGAUUAAUGAUGAAAGUCACAAAAUUACACCAUCAUCUGCAACCAAAAGGCAAAAAUUUAAGCACCCUGUCACCAGGCAACAGCAUUUUGAAGAUAAAGGUAGUUCUGAAAUGAGCGGCUUAGAACUACCAGAAACUGAAAGCUCCAACUUGCAAGACAAGAGGGUGCCCACUGAAAGUGGAGUUGCUGUUGCUUUGACAGCUGAUGUUGUCCAGGAGAAGCAUUUACCAGAGGAUAUAGUUGAAGAAUGUCCCAAAACUAUGGAAGAUUGUCCUCCAAUCAGGUCAUCACUGCCAAAACCUGAAGUUGCUGACAUACAUGAAGGCAAAAGGUCAUUGCUCAAAGUUGAACGUUCUGCGACAGAUCCAGGGAAAAUAAUUUUGGCUGGAAAUGAGCCUGUUUUGACUCCUGCUGCUGACAACCUGAAUGAGAAUAAUUCAUGUAAGAUUGUGAUGGAAAAAGGCAAUGUCAGAAUAACCCAAACAGGCUCGAGGAAAUCAAAAAGCAAGGAAAAGCUGAACUUGCCUCGCCGGUCUUCAAAACGACUUGCUGGGCUUGAACCAGAGCAGGUAGCUAACUCGGUUUCCAGUGAACAAGCUCUUCAAGUUGUAAGAAAGUGUAGUAAAAGUGAUGGCAGUCAAGAUGCAGUUUUGGCUUCAGAUGCACAUCAGCAGGUUGGGGCUGCAUCAGAAGUAGUGGUUGCACAUCAUACUUUAACUGACAUAAAAUCUACAUCACAUGAGGAGGCAUUGAACAAGGGCAGGAUGCCACUUGAUGACCAAAUGGUUCCUAAAGUGCAACAACAAAAGCUGGAAAGUGAGAGAAUGGAUUCUGAGAAGCCAGAACCAGAGUUCUCCCUUCUGUUCGGCUCAGACCCAUGCCUAGAAUUUGCAUUCAAAACGCUUACGGGGGAAUUGCCAAUAGCUGAUACUGUGGACAAUGAGCCUAUUCUGAAACCUGCAGCUGAUGUGCUGCAGAAAGAGAACUCACUUGAAAGUGAGAUGGAAAGGAGCUGCAACAGAAAUACAAGGGUUAACAAAUCCAAGAAAAAUAAAGAACUUAAGUUGCCUCAUCGAUCUUCAAAACGGCUUGCUGGGGUUGAACCUGAGCUGCUGCCCAAUUAUAUGUCCAGUGAACGAGCUCUUCGAAAUGCGACUGGAAGGUCCAGUAAAAGUAAAGACAUCCAAGCUGUCAAUUCAGUAGAUGAAGCAUCUCAGCUGCCUGAAGCUGGGCCAGAGACGAAAUUUGCAAAUUAUCCUUGUACUACUACUAUAGACACUUCAAUACCAGAGCAGUCAUCAAACAAGAGCGAGAAUUUUCUUGAAGACCAAGCUAUUCCUCAAGAGAAACCACAAAAGUUUGAAACUGAGAAGGCAGCUAUUGAGAAUCCAGAGGCACAAUUCUCUUUCCCUUUCAUGGAUUCUUGGUCUGACCCAUGCCUAGAUUUUGCAUUCAAGACUCUUACAGGUGCAAUACCAAUAGAGGAUGAUUUGUUUCAGGGUUACUUCCAAGAAAAAAUCGAAACCUCUCACAACCACAGAGAUAGCUUGGCACUACCAGAUUUUGGAUCACCCAGCUUUUUUCAAAGUGAUAUAUUACCUCAGUUUGACGCACCAGAACAAUCUAUUUCAGGCCAACAGUUACCAAUGAAUUAUUCGUUCCUGCCUUCAGGAAAUGUGGGCAUGUCAAAUUGCAAUGGGGUUGCUUCAAGCCAACAGUUAUCCAUGAAUCCUUCAUUCCUGCCUUCAGGGAAUGUGAGCAUGUCAAAUUGCAACGGGGUUGCUUCAAGCCAACAGUUAUCCAUGAAUCCUUCAUUCCUGCCUUCAGGGAAUGUGAGCAUGUCAAAUAGCAAAGGGGUUGCUUCAAGCAAUCAGUUAUCCAUGAAUCCUUCAUUCCUGCCUGCAGGAAAUGUGAGCUUGUCAAAUUGCAGUGGGGCCGGUUCAGGCCAACAGUUAUCGAUGAAUUCUCCAUUCCUACCUGCAGGAAAUGUGAGCUUAUCGAAUUGCGGCGGGGUUGAUUCACAGAAGCCUUGCUUAGGAGACAGUAAGGAUUAUCGUGGAAAGGUAAAGUCCUAG